UACCAGAACUGGAGGACUGAACCUGAAAGUAUUUACAACGACUGCGUGAGACUUAGGGGAGAGCGAUAUCUUGGGAUGUGGGAGCCAACAAACUGUUGGAGGUCUUACAGAUACGUUUGCAAGAAGAAGAAAGUCGAUGAUGGUACUGUCCAUACACCUUCGCCUCCACCAACGUCUGACUAUGAGUUACGUUGCGGUAUGGGCUGGGAGUACGAUGCAUCUACUAACACAUGCUAUGUCUUUCGGCCGCAUCUCUUCGAAAACUGGCAUGACGCCCUCUAUCAAUGCCGGGUUGAAGGCGGGGAUCUCAUCAGCGUCACGGGACCGGAGGACCAACAAUUUAUAAGGGGUCAUUUGCAUAAUUCUGGCCAAAUCUACACCUGGAUGGGUUGCAAUGAUCUUGGGAGAGAGGGCGGCUGGGAGUGGAGCGAUAACUCCCCGUUUGCCUUCAUCAACUGGAAUGCAGGUCAGCCAGAUAACGGGGGUGGAGCCUCGCCUCUCGGCCACCACUGCUGUAGCUUCUUCAGUAAUUCUGGUACCUGGGUCGACCACCAAUGCGAACAGGAGCAAGGAUACAGCUGCAAGCGAAAAGCUUAUAUCUUGAAAUACUACAGUACAUCAACCCAGCGGAAGCUACCCGAUCACAGUGACCUGACUAAGUUCUGGUAUAACGUCUGGCCAAAGGACUGUGCCCAUAUCUGUCUGCACGUGACAACGUGUCUUUCCUUCGAUUACCGGCGUGAGCACCGGAGCUGCUACCUGAGCUCCCUCGAUGCUGUCUCGGCGGGAGGACUCGUUACCACUGAACCUGGGGAUCACUAUGACUAUUACGAAAGGGAUUUGACGGUGCCAUCCCCAACCAGACCUCCCCCGCUGCCCAGCGAAUACAACUGUCCGCCCGACUGGGGUCGCUACGAUGGUCACUGCUAUUCCCUGAACACCACCAAGAUGGACCUAUUGACAGCUGAGUCCUCUUGUCGCAGCGUAGGGGCGGAGUUAGCUACCAUCGAGGACAGGAACACCAACAACUUCAUACGAGGAUAUAUGCACGAGGUGGCACCAUCGGAGAAUCGUAUCUGGAUAGGGCUGUCCGACAGAACGUUGGAGGGAUGGUUUUCAUGGUCAGACGGUGAACCUGUCACCUUCACUAACUGGGACUCUGGCCAGCCUGAUAACGGCGACGAAAACGAUUGCACUGAGAUGCAUAUUGAUUCGGGCUAUUGGCGUGACACUAAAUGCACUGGGAACUACUUGAGCGCACUGUGCAGGAAACCUAUUGACUUGGCUCCCCCGCCUCCCGUUGAUGAUUCGUGUCCAGAUGGUUGGGUACCAUGGAUGGGUAAAUGUUACCUAGCUAACCAGACAAGGGCUGCAUGGGCUGAUGCCGCAAGUAUGUGCUCUACAGAAGGGGGACAACUUGUCGUCAUUGAAGAUGGGUAUGAGUUGGCUUUCCUCAGUGGUGUCUUGGGUCUGAAGAGGUGGGAUAAUUACUUUAUCGGCUUGAGUGACCUUGCAAGUCGCGGCUAUUAUCAAUGGAUUGACCAAAGUGAGGUCACGUUUACCAACUGGGCCAGCGGGCAGCCAGAUGACUCAACGGGAAACUGUGUGACGAUGAAGUCUGGUUCCGAUGCCGGCUAUUGGAGCGACCGAUCGUGCGAAAAAGGCUACCUCUUCAUUUGUGAGAAAUCCCGCAUCGGCUGGCCCACCAUCACGCUGCCAACUGCAAACCCACCUACUCAGCCGUCUGACGUUGGCUGCAGCCCAGGAUGGAUUGGUUAUGGAGACAACUGCUUUAAGCCGUUUGAAAUCAGUUCAGCGCAAGAUGGGUCCACGUGGGUAGAAGCUUAUACAGCGUGUGGGAGCUUUGGCGCCAGCCUGGCUAGCUUCCACCACCCAAACGAAGAGAGACACAUCAUUGACUCAUUCACACCAACUUCGGAUCGUGGGUUUUGGAUCGGGCUUAAUGACUGGAGAAAUGAAGGCGGCUAUGAAUGGAGUGACGGCUCAGUGGUGCAGUACACUUAUUGGCAUACCGGACAACCCAACGACAGCGGCGGUCGAGAGCAGUGUGUGCUGACCUUUCUCUCUACCACGACAGGAUGGUUCGAUGCACCUUGCUACCAAGAGCUGAAUUUCAUCUGUAAAAUGCCCAAAGGUAUCGAAUUAAGAACAACUUCUGCACCAACGUUAUCUCCAGGCGAACCCUGUGCCGAUGACCCCACCUGGAUCCACCGAUACCCGUAUUGCUACUUCUUCAGCUCUUCGUUUGAAUUUGACGGCGUUCAGGACUGGCAUCAUGCUGAAGCCUGGUGCCAGGCUAAGAACAGUCAUCUUGUGUCCAUUCACGACUCAGCAGAACUCAGCUUUCUUCUUGAAUAUAGCCAGCUGUUUGCCUCAUAUUUCUGGAUUGGUUUGAGAGAGAAUGGCUCCUACGCAGGACACUAUGAAUGGUCAGAUGGCAGUCUUUUGGACUUCGAAAAUUGGCGUUCUGGCCAGCCGGAUGAUAUGAACGGUGAAGAGCAGUGCGUGGAGAUGCAGAAAUUUUUCUCUUCUCCUCCGGGCUGUUGGAGUGACAACAAUUGUGGUGUACAGAGACAGUUUAUCUGCAAGCGUAACGUAGACGACCCUCCUGUGGCCACUCCGGCGCCCACAGAGGUCCCAGUCGGGGGAUGCCCGACGGGUUGGUGGAAGCAUAACCAUCGGUGCUACAUGAUCGGCGGGAAAACCUUCAACACGCGGAAGACGUGGCACGAUGCCAGGGCGGAAUGUCAGAAGACGCCAGGGGCCAACCUGGCCUCCAUACACAAUGACAAUAUUCAGACACUAUUGGCUGCUUUCUUGACUACCACUGAAUACGAUGUGUGGAUUGGGUUAUCGUCUUUGGGGACCAGUGGCAGGUUUCUCUGGAACGACGGGAGUUCCUUUGACUACGAGAACUGGGGAUAUAACGAGCCUGAUGGUUCCAAUUCACAGAAUUCCACGGACUGCGUCAAAUUAAUGAACGAAGCGGAAGAGACGGGCAAAUGGAAUGACGAAGACUGCUCAAAGCGCAACAGUUACGUGUGCCUCAUGAAACCAGAUCCAACAAUUCCAGAAACAAAUUUCACCCUGCCUGCCUGUCCCUACAAGCCCGGUUACAUUUACAAUGGCAAGGCCUGCUUCAAGCUGGAUACUUCGAAGCUACGAUCCAUGGGUGAGGCGAAGCAGUACUGCGCUGAUGAUGGAGCUACGGUAGCUUCUAUACUGAACGGCUACGAGCAGGCCCUGCUCCAAGCCAUGGCUAACGAAUACGCCAACGGGAGUGUGUGGUUGGGCCUGGAAAAAGAUCCCACGACAAAUACACUGAAGUGGAUUGACGGCUGGCCUCUCCACUACUCAAACUGGGGGUGGGGCUCUCCCAACGGGGCUGACUGCGCCAUCAUGGCCAAAAGAGAAUGGUUUUGGGAGGACGGGGAAUGGAUGACAGUGGGCUGUGUCUUCCCACGUUACACAGCCUGCAAGAUUGCCACAGCUUUGCCACCAACUCCCCACCCAACCUCUGCUGGCUACUGUCCCCCUGGUUGGAAGGAGUUCGGCUCCGGUUGUUACGUCGUGCCGUCUAAUAUCUUCAACCAGAAGUCCUUUCCCGAGGCGCGCUAUGACUGCCAGUUCAGCCGCGGAGCCGACCUGGUCAUGAUCGACAGUCAGGCCGAGAAUCAGUUCGUGCGCCAGCUGGCUGAGGAGAGGUUCGGGCUGUCUGAAAUCCUGCUUGGGUUACACCGCAAUACACACGGGGGCUGGGACUGGAUAGACGGCACGCCUGCAUCCUACGUUAACUGGGGAAGUGAACGGCCGGCUACGGUUUCCCAGAACUGUGCCAUGAUGCAUCUGGACAGCCAGGGCAAAUGGUUCGGCACCAGUUGCUUCGCUGAAAAUCACUACAUGUGUGAGAAGCCCAAAAUCCCCUAUUCAUCAACUCAAGUGCCGACGGUAACUGGGCAUGUCACCCUCCCGUAUUCCUCAACCAAAGUGCCAAUCAACGCUACUGGGCGCGCUACCCUUCCCCCCCUCAGCCCGCCAACUGGAAUUGCCACAACAGUCGGAGGUGUCCCUUGCACAAGCGGUUGGAUCGCACGUGGUGACUACUGCUACUAUAUAGAGACUGGUAACCGGUUGGAUUGGUUGACGUGGAGUGAAGCCGAUGCCUUUUGCAACAACCAUGGCGGUCACCUGACCUCCAUCCAUUCCUUCGCAGAGAACGACUACAUCAGAAGUCACACCUCGCCGGUGAACAAGAAUUACUGGAUUGGCUUGAGGGAAAAAGUGGCUGGCGGUGUCCAUAUCUGGUCAGACAAAACGGAGUUUUACUACGAUAACUGGAACUCAGGUGAGCCCAAUGACCAUGCAGGGGAGGAGAAAUGCGUAGAGAUGUACCCGACCAGCGGUAAAUGGAAUGACAUGGCCUGCGGAAUACCUCAGCCGUUUAUCUGCAAGAAGUUGGCCUCCAACAAUGACCCCAUCCCUGUCCCUUCCCCCUACCCACUCACUGGUGGCUGCGAAGAUGAUUGGUAUCGCCUUGGGUAUCAAUGUUACAAACUAUUCGGAGACUCGGUAUCGUCUCCUGCGCUGCCGUACAGAGAAGCCAGAGAUGAUUGCGUCGAUAGAGGGGGAAACCUUGCUAGUGUGUCCAGUCAAGAUGUUCAGAUUUUCCUGACUGCGCUGAUGGAUCAGCUGAGCAGUACUCACUGUUGGAUGGGACUAAAUAGAUUGGUUGAUGACUUUCAUUGGACUGAUGGGUCACGAUUGAACUUCACCAACUGGGCCCCGGGAAAUCCAGCCCUCCAAGGGGGUUGUGUCCACAUGCUGAAGGGCAACAUUACCACUUCUGGACAGUGGGCAAAUAUCGAGGGAUCUGCAAAUGAGAGUUACAUUUGUCAAAAACCACUAGACAAAAACCGUCCAGAUACUUGGAUCGAUAUACCUUGUGACAUUCCGGGCUACAGUUCUUUCGGGCAAACCUGCUACAAGGUUGACUCGACACCAAACAGCUACAACGAGGCGGAACUCAACUGCCAUGGAGAUCCGGGCACGCUUGCCUCCAUCGGCAACCGUUUCGAAGAGGCGUUGAUCCGAAGCGCGCUGACCUACCAUGGCAUCGGUGACGCAUGGAUCGGGCUCAAACGAGAUAACAGCGGCACUUUCUCGUGGCUGAAUGAAAACCAGCUGUCGUACGUGAACUGGAAUCACAACGAGCCGAGCUCGAGGGAGGGAGAAGGAUGUGUCAGAAUGCUCCCUGGAAAAGUGUGGGACAACACGGCCUGCUCGUCCAAGCGUGCCUCGGUCUGCCAGAUCGGGGGAGUGUCUCGCAUUCCCUCGACUAGUGCAACACCGCGAUACUGUGGUAUGGCGGGCUGGGAACAAGACGGCAGCGAGUGUCUUCUCUUCAACACCGGACUGACGCGAGUCUCUCGCGAUGAAGCCCAAGAGAAAUGCAAGCGGGCUUAUGGAGCCGUCUUACCCGCGGUCCAUAGUGACGAGCAGAACGAAUUUAUUCGGAGCAACGCCCGGACAGACAAACCACUGAGUUCGGGAAGGGUGUGGCUUCAAAUAUACAGGAAUUCCAAAGGUGACUUUGUGUAUAAUGACACGGAAGGGAGCAAAGUGGACUAUGUAAACUGGGCCAUCGGUCAACCUGAUGGUCAAUCAGUCGGCGCGGACUGUGUGGCCAUGGACGUGAAUGAUGGGAAGUGGUCUGACGAAUUCUGCGAUGUCCGCAAAGCCGACUGCGUCUGUCGGCUGCCUACUUCUGAAGGUUACCCUAAGACGGAGCUACCUUACACUUCAGAAUUCGAAACAGGCAAACCAGGCACACUCAGCCCGAAACCCCAAACCGGAGGUCUGUCAGGCGGGGCCAUUGUGGGUAUAGUCAUUGCUGUCAUCAUUGUCGUCGUCGCAGGCCUUGUCGCUGCAUACCUCUUUCUGGGUCGCUGGCGCGGCAAAGGAAACUUUAUGGAAGACCGCGACGUGAUGUCUACAACUGGCUUCGAAAACGCUGCCUACUUCUCGAAUAUUGAGGUUGAUGCAACUACGACUUGAAUGGUCGGUCACACGUUAUAAAAACUCCAAAGAACCUAAUGUGAGCAUCUUAGUUGCUUUUCCAUAAUGAGACUGAAAACUCAUAUUCCUGCUCUUUGUCACAAAAUCAUUGAUCAGUAUCUGACGUCUUCAUAUUUUGAGAUUCUUAAAAGAAUCAAAUGUGUAUGGAAAUGAAGAAAUAAUAACCGAAAGAAUUAAUGCAUUAAUUAAUGCGUUCAAGCUAUAAUCACCGCGUACAACAUGUGCCCGUAUGAAAAUAAGAGGGCGCUGUUGAAACUGAAAACUUAGUUCGAGUUUGGGCGGCCUGCUCUUGACAAGAGUUUCUUGGUCUCGCGCUCCAACGGCUGGAACGUACCCCAAGAACUCUGUUCUCGGAACAGGAUCACACACCACCUCCUCGUCAGGGUUGAGAUUUUGUUUUUUGAACAGCCCCAAAAUAAUUGCGAGAUGGCUUACGAAGCCGGACACAAUGGGCAGUUUUCCAGAAUGAACACUAAUAUUUUUUCAUAAAAUAGAUAUGAAUGUUCCUGUUUGUUUGAAAUCAUAAGAAUUCAGCCCAGUGAUCCAAAUAUUAUCUCUCUAAGAGCGUACAUGGACGCCGCCCAGUGUUACCACCGCGCUCUCUCGCACGUGACAACCACAUUUUUUUCCAUUUGAUGAAAUUUCCAUUCAAUAAAAGUAUAAUACAGUUUCGGUUUGAGGUAUCAAAAUUUACGGGCAAAAUGUGAAUUAUUUUCUGAAAGGCUGGUGCACUUUUCACAUCCGUUAAAGAGUAUUUUCCCCAUCAUGACGUUCAAGUGCUAUUCCUAAAUGGUCGGGCGCUUUGCGCGUGACCCCUACAUUGAAUAUGCCACUGUUUGAGAGGUCAUUAACAGGGAGAAUUAUGUACAUGAUGUGCCUAUAUCAGUUAAAAGGAAAGCCUUAGACCAGAGUGGUGAACACGCUGCUUGCACCUUCUUUCUUUUACUUCCUAAUGGCUUGUGGCUUAUUUACGCAGAUUGUUUUAUACACUUUAUUUGGUUUGCUGUGCCUAAUUGAAACCCUGUUUGUUGGUUUGCUGGUUAGGGAUGAACAAUACAUUAGUUCCAUUUUUGACAAUUAGUAUUGCAAUUGCGUUUUUUUUUUCAGCGAAGGUUAAUUCCAAGGUUUCUCAAUAAUUUCGUGGGUCCACGUCAUUGCAGUUGACCAAUUUCAUAAUUCCAAGACUCCACUGUAUCAUUUUGCUAGUAAAGAAACGUCAUCGCUGUUCGAACUCGCCAGAAUUCAAAUCGGAAGCUGCCUUGCUUAGAAAGCUAUUGGUGUGACUAUCUGUCUGCAACAUUCAAUACUUUUGUUUGUGUUCAAAUUGUGAUCUUACUGUCCAUCAAGAACUCGUUUUUAAUCCAUCAAUACGCUUAAAAAAGCCACAAAAUAAAACAAUCUUUUUUAUUUAGAAAAAACAUAAA